ACAUGUUGAUACAACUCCCGAUCAAAACAGGCCUACCUUUGCCAAUUUAAUAUGAAAUAUGAUUAUUUUUUACCAUAAGGGUUAUUAUUUUAUGGAGUAUUUCAAUUAUACGUUAAAUGAAUGAUUUAUAAAUUCGGAAGCUCCACAAGUUAAUUUACUUUAUGCUCCGCCAAUGGCAUAUUCUUUUUAAUGUGAUCGUUUUGAAAUAAUUAAGGUAAUACCGAAGACUGAAAGACCUGUAAGACUGAAAUAAAAUAUUAGGGAAUUUCGUGUAUGGUGGGUGUACCAGAAUAUAAGCUGGGCGUCAUUUUUCCAUUUCCGAUUUUUCCAAAAUGAAAUAUAAGCGGAACCGGAAACGCCGCAUCCGAGUUAAAACAACUGGGCUUUACUGUAUCGCCAAGCGGGCUACGAGGCAGCCGGGCAGGCAGCCGCGCUGAAGCGGACUGAGCGGCGCAGAACCGAUACUCCGAAUUGUGAAUUUAACGCUCCCCCACCCUGUCGCGAAACCGGACACACCGCUGUUUUAAUUUUUGUUUGUUUAACUCGCGCCGGUGAAGUUUUGAUGUACUGGUAGAGGUUGUGUCGCCUGUCGAUAGCCGCCGUGCCUGGAGCGCCGUCCUCGCGGACACGUUAGCCGGGAGGCUAGCUAGCGAGUUGCUCCGCGAAACGCUGACAGCGCUCCGGGAGACUUCUCCCGUUCUGUGGCGCUCUCUUCUUUUUUAAAAUUAAGAAAAGAAAAUUGGACGUCGCUCUUGCUUAACACGAGUCGGAUGAAAUUUGAAUUUCGAGGAGGUCUGUUUGGGUUUAGAUGAAGGACGGAGGGACUAGAAGCUGAAGCCGACUCAAGUGCUGAGACGGAAAAGGGGGGGGAGCUGGGCGUUUUUUUUUUCCCUUUGGUUUUUUCCCUCCCCUGAAGACAUCAUCUGGAGACGGACAAAUUCCCGAUGGCAAACGAGCCGAUCAUACUGAACGUUUAUGACAUGUACUGGAUCAACGAAUUCACCUCCUCUCUGGGAAUUGGGGUCUUUCACUCAGGGAUAGAGAUCUACGGAAGAGAGUUUGCCUAUGGAGGACACCCCUACCCCUUCUCAGGGAUAUUUGAGAUCACGCCUGGAGAUGCCACCGAGCUGGGGGAGACCUUCAAAUUCAAAGAGGCCAUUGUCCUGGGCAGCACGGACUUCACGGAGGAGGACGUGGAGCGCAUUGUGGAGGAGCUAGGCAAGGAGUACAAGGGAAAUGCCUACCACCUCAUGCACAAGAACUGCAACCACUUUUCCUCAGCCCUGUCAGAGAUCCUGUGUGGCCGGGAGAUCCCACGCUGGGUGAAUCGACUUGCCUACUUCAGCUCAUGCGUACCCUUCCUACAGAGCUGCCUGCCCAAGGAGUGGCUCACGCCCGCCGCCCUGCAGUCCAGCGUCAGCCAGGAGCUCCAGGGCGAGCUGGAGGAGGCAGAGGAUGCCACAGCGGCCCUGCCUUCCUGCUCUGCCUCACCACUGCCCAGGCCCAGUCGGCAGCAGCCCCGUCGAUAGAUCCCGCCCCUGCACAGGGACUGGUCUGCCUCGCCUGCCAAUUAACCUGGCCCCGGACUGCUGACUGGCCCACUGUCGGCUGCAUUGACGAGCCCUGCCCUCUAUAGCGGCUGAAUGUACAGUCAGCUCAGAGACCUAGGCCUCAAGGUUGCGGGCUCAGGGAAACUGUUAAUUUUAUGUAACUUUUUAGCACUGUAAGCUGGAGCCGGUGGAUUUUUUUUAUUUAUUAUUAAUAUGUCCAUUUGUUGUUUUUAUUGUUCUCUGGCCUUUUCGUUUAUAUACUCAGGAUUCUCAAAAGUCUUUUACAGUGUUUUGUUUUCUUACUAUUUCUGUUUUUAUGCUUUUUGUUUUUUUGUUGUUUUUCUAAUGCAGCAGUAGUCACUCUAGCUUUUUCAGAAUGCACAUGGUGCAUUUUAAACUUUUUAAACGGAAGUGUGUUUGCGCAAAAACAAAACAGUCAGGGCCAAACACUACCUGGAGUGUUCGUUUGACACACUGCUGACGUCCCCACUUUGGUGGCUGUGCCUGAAGAUCCAUACUGCUGUCCUCCCUCCCCUCCUCCUCCCCAAAGCUGCAGCACCAUCCCCCAUCGCCUGCUUCCAACAGCAGGCUCCAGGUGUUGGACACUGGUAGGUUUUUAGUCUUCUGUGUAGCAGAAACCUUUGUAUCCGGUUUUGAACUGAUUAAACAGAACUCUACACCA